AUGAACGAAAACGAUGAAAAUGGUCCGUCAACGCGUCUUACUCGCGCCAAAGCCGCCGCCCUUACAACAGACGCUCCCGCUACCAACGGCGCCCUCAAGAAGCCUCUCCAGACGAAGAAAGCCGCCACUGGUGCAGCUGGGACACAACGAAAACGUGCUGCCCUUGGUGAUAAGAGCAAUGUUGGAAAUGUGGACAAUGCCGAGACCAAGGACGCGAAAAAGGUCACAUCUAAGACUGGUCUGACGUCAAAAGCUACUUCGCAAUCUGGAGGUGUCCAAAAGCUCAGCCGUAGCAACCUGUCACGCACCGCCCUCGGAGCCAAGGACAACAACGUGAAAAAGCCUGCCCCAGAGGCGAAGCGCCCUGGGAGUGGAUCCGGUAUGGGAAGUGCCAUGAAACGCACAUCUAGCCAGAAGUCUCUACAGGAAAAGACGGCCCAACAAGAAGAACCUCCCCGCAAGAAGGUCGACGUCGAGAAGGCCGUGGAAAAGCAACCUGAAGUUUCAGUCAAGGAAAAGGAAAAUGUCAAGUCACGCACACAAACAGGAGAACUCGAAAGAGCCCCUCAAGAUUUCGUUGCAGACCUGGAUACUGAGGACUUGGAUGAUCCCUUGAUGGCCGCUGAAUAUGUGGUGGAGAUCUUUGAUUACCUUCGUGAGCUGGAAAUGGAAACUUUGCCGAACCCCGACUACAUCGAUCAUCAGCCCGAUCUGGAGUGGAAGAUGCGCGGCAUUCUCGUCGACUGGCUCAUCGAAGUCCACACUCGCUUUCGCCUUCUUCCUGAGACCCUUUUCCUCGCUGUCAACAUCAUCGAUCGUUUCCUCUCUGCCGAAGUCGUUGCCCUGGACCGUCUCCAGUUGGUUGGUGUUGCUGCCAUGUUUAUUGCUUCCAAGUACGAAGAGGUCCUCUCACCUCACGUCGCCAACUUCAGCCACGUCGCCGACGAGACCUUCACUGACAAGGAGAUCUUGGAUGCCGAACGCCACAUCCUGGCCACCCUCGAGUACAACAUGAGCUAUCCUAACCCGAUGAACUUCUUGCGCCGUAUCUCCAAGGCCGACAACUACGACAUCCAGACUCGUACCCUUGGAAAGUAUUUGAUGGAGAUUAGUCUUCUGGAUCAUAGGUUCCUGGGUUACCCCCAGAGCCAGGUUGGUGCAGCAUCCAUGUAUCUGGCUCGCCUGAUCCUCGACCGCGGGCCUUGGGAUGCCACUCUCGCUCACUACGCUGGCUACACCGAGGAGGAGAUUGACGAGGUCUUCCGCUUAAUGGUGGAUUAUCUCCACCGCCCCGUCUGCCACGAAGCGUUCUUCAAGAAAUAUGCAAGCAAGAAGUUCCUCAAGGCUUCCAUCAUGACACGAGCGUGGGCCAAGAAAUACCACCACUUGUACAUCGAGAGCUCGCUCACAGAGCCAUACACUUCCAUCCGAGACAGCGAAUAG